GGCUGCGGCGGGUCCGGGCCCAUGAGGCGGCGGCGGCGGCGGGACGGAUUUUACCCAGCGCCAGACUUCAGAGACGGGGAAGCUGAGGCCAUGGCAGGAGUUUUUGACAUCGACCUGGAUCAGCCAGAGGACGCAGGCUCUGAGGAUGAGCUGGAGGAAGGGGGUCAAUUAAGUGAAAGCAUGGACCAUGGGGGAGUUGGACCAUAUGAAAUUGGCAUGGAACAUUGUGAAAAAUUUGAAAUCUCAGAAACUAGUGUGAACAAAGGGCCAGAAAAAAUAAGACCAGAAUGUUUUGAGCUACUUCGAGUACUUGGUAAAGGGGGCUAUGGAAAGGUUUUCCAAGUACGAAAAGUAACAGGAGCAAAUACUGGGAAAAUAUUUGCCAUGAAGGUGCUUAAAAAGGCUAUGAUAGUAAGAAAUGCAAAAGAUACAGCUCAUACAAAAGCAGAACGAAAUAUCCUCGAGGAAGUAAAGCAUCCCUUCAUUGUGGACUUAAUUUAUGCCUUUCAGACUGGUGGAAAACUCUACCUCAUCCUGGAGUAUCUCAGUGGAGGAGAAUUAUUUAUGCAGUUAGAAAGAGAGGGAAUAUUUAUGGAAGAUACAGCUUGCUUUUACUUGGCAGAAAUCUCCAUGGCUUUGGGGCAUUUACAUCAAAAAGGGAUCAUCUACAGAGACCUGAAGCCGGAAAAUAUCAUGCUUAAUCACCAAGGUCAUGUGAAAUUGACGGACUUUGGACUAUGCAAAGAAUCCAUUCAUGAUGGAACAGUCACACACACGUUCUGUGGAACAAUAGAAUACAUGGCUCCUGAAAUCUUGAUGAGAAGUGGCCAUAAUCGUGCUGUGGACUGGUGGAGUUUGGGGGCAUUAAUGUAUGACAUGCUGACUGGAGCACCCCCAUUUACUGGGGAGAACAGAAAGAAGACAAUUGACAAAAUCCUCAAAUGUAAACUUAAUUUGCCUCCCUACCUCACACAAGAAGCCAGAGAUCUGCUUAAAAAGCUGCUAAAAAGAAAUGCUGCUUCGCGUCUUGGAGCUGGUCCUGGGGAUGCUGGAGAAGUUCAGGCUCAUCCUUUCUUCAGACAUAUUAACUGGGAAGAACUUCUGGCUCGGAAAGUGGAGCCCCCCUUUAAACCUCUUUUGCAAUCUGAAGAGGAUGUGAGCCAGUUUGAUUCAAAGUUUACACGUCAGACACCUGUUGACAGCCCAGAUGACUCAACUCUCAGUGAAAGUGCCAACCAGGUCUUUCUGGGUUUUACAUAUGUGGCUCCAUCUGUACUUGAAAGCGUGAAAGAAAAAUUUUCAUUUGAACCAAAAAUCCGAUCACCUCGAAGAUUCAUCGGCAGCCCUCGGACACCUGUCAGCCCAGUCAAAUUUUCUCCUGGGGAUUUCUGGGGAAGAGGUGCUUCAGCCAGUGCAGCAACUACUCAGACACCUGUGGAUUAUCCCAUGGAAACGAGUGGAAUAGAACAGAUGGAUGUGACGGUGAGUGGAGAGGCAUCAGCACCACUUCCAAUCCGACAGCCUAACUCUGGGCCAUACAAAAAACAAGCUUUUCCUAUGAUUUCCAAACGGCCAGAACACUUACGUAUGAAUCUAUGACAGCAACAUUUUCAACAAAUUUCAGGCAAAAAACAAUGGGACGUGAACAUCCUACAAGCUGAAAUAUAUGAGGGCUCAAAGGGUGACAGCUUCAGAGGGCCAGUGUCAUAUUGCACAGGACAGUUUGGAAAGAGGAAAAACAAACAUGGGUGUUUCUUUUUUUUUUCUUUUUUUUUUUUUAAAUCAAUCAAUGGUGCAAAAAGACUUAAGAAAAAUAGUAUUGCCGAACUUUAGGCACAUCAGUUAACUGAUUCCCAGUGACAUCUUCUCACCUUAUCAAGGAUUUUCAUGUUGAUGGCUUCAAACUGACAGUAUUAAGGAUAGGAUGUUGCCUCAGAAUCACUGUUGUCAUGAUUGUGUCAAGAAAGGUUUAACUGUCAUUGGGCAAAGUAUGAAAUGCCUAUACUUGCAAAUGAAGACAAAUUAGCAUGCAAGCUUGGUCAAACUUUUUCCGGCAGCGUGGAAUCAAAGAUAAGAGAUACAAUUUAACAAUUGAUGUUUUACGUGCAAAAACUUAAUGAAUCUUUUUUUUAUAUAAAUAUAUAUUUUUCAAAUAGAUUUUUGAUUCAGCUCAUUAUGGAAAAGCAUCCCAAAAUUUAAAAUGCAAAAUGAUUGGUUGGUGUGAAGAAAGCCAGACUACUUCUGUUUCUUCUUUUGGUGAAAUAAUAAAAUGGUAAAUGAAUCAUUGUUAACUACAGCUUUGGCUCGUUGGAGGGAUUGGGGGUGAGCUUAAGGUUUUCUUAGGGCACUACUCGUAAUCCUAGGAGAAACGAAUCCAUGCAGUCAUUUCCACUGGCGGUGUUGCUGUGUUCUAAGCUUAACUGGAAGCCAUGGGAUAGACAUAAACUCAAUGUCCUGUAUCUCAUCCUUAUCCUGGGCCUGCAUUUCACUGGAAAAAAAAAUCACCACCUAGUCUUAUACCAAUAUUUGGUUCAAAAUGCUAUAUGUAGUCAGUCUGUGGUGCCCUAACGAGAGUCUGGAUAAAAAUAUGGGCAGGCAGAGUCAGGGAAGAUGAGACUGGGGAUACUUCGGGGAACGAGUUUGCUCUCCAGGUUUUAGGUAAUCUCAUUACAGCUAACUGGUAAGAUCUUAAAAUUUUUAUUUCUUUUACUGUGUACGGUGUUUACCCUCCAUUUCCAUUUUUCCUCAACAGUUUAAAAAGGGUGGAAAAAAGUAUGCUUUUUUCCUGUGUUGGGGCUUAAGCAUUUUCUGAUUGUAAAAGUAUUAGAUGGCCUUUUGAUGAAUGUCUUCCACAGUAAAAAGACCUUAGUGGCUUAAUUUAGGAAACAUGUUACAAAGAUGCUGGUUUUUUAAAUUGUCAUAAAUUCUGUACUUAUAGGUACAAAGGAUAAAAAUAAAGGUAACUUUACCUUACUUAAAUAUGUCCUGCCUUAAAGAAAGCAUUUCCAUGAUUUUAGUUGGUUUCAUGAAAGGGUUAAUAUCAGCAAAGCUUUAUAAGAGUGUGUGCUCAGGUGCAUACUGGUGGAACGGAUGAUCCAUGCAACUGCAGUUUUGUCUUGUCAGUCUUGUCAUGUCUCGUCGUUAGUCCGUGACUGUGCAAAGUCAACUUACGAUAUUUCACAACCAUAAGAAUUUUUUUAAAAAAAUAGACACUGCUCAUGCCAAACCUUUUUGAGCCAUAGGAUCCAAGCCAUAAGAUUCUUUAUGCAUAUUGAAUCCAGUCGGUAAAAGGCAAGAUUUGCUUUUUCAGUAACUCAAAGUGAAAUCCUGCCACUGUAUCCAAAAGUGGAUUUAGAAGUAAUUUUUUUCCAAUUGUGGCAGUAACUGAAAUGAUUGCUAGUUCCACUUUGAAGAUGCUUUUUGGAUCUGGAAAAAAAAUGUUUUUUCUUUAAAUUUUUUGUAUUGCAGCAGGUAUUUUUAAGAACUUCCAGUACUGCUCUUGAAGGACAGUAUUAGUUCAGGACAGAAAUUCAACUUCAGUGACACCACCUUUGUUCUUUGGUUAAUUUGUGGCAUUUGGCAAAAAUGUAGAACUCAGUGCUGGUCAUGUGUAUUGGCAGAUGGGUUUUAUUUUGAACUUUUGACAUUCUGUAGCUUGUACGCAAGCAUAUGAACAUACUGUCAUGUACUUGACCAAAUUCCAGUAAUGUUUUUCCACCAAAAGUCUCCUUCAGUCCUACUUACUACAAAUAUUUGCACUGUGAUUGGCUAGCUAUCAUACAUCCUAUUCAUAAUUUAUCUUUUUUAAAUUAGUGCUGGUGACACUAAUGGCAACCUAUUUUUCCUGGUCACACAAGUAGUGUUAACUAUAUACCCACAUAUACUUGUGUGUGUGUAUGUGUGUGUGUGUUUGCGCGCGCGUGCGUGUGAAGUGUGAUGUGUGUUUAUCUCCAGCUUAAUAGCCAUUAAAAGUGAACUUGACUUCUUCCAUGCUGUCACAUGCUAAGAAAUCAUACUUCAUGAUGGAUAUCCCUGACAUGACUGUGAAAACAUGGUGUCACAGACAGCAAACACACCUAUGCAAUAUGGCUUAUCCUAUUCAAUUCAACAAACAUUCAUUUAAAAAGCAUUUGUGGAAUUGAAUACUAUAUUUAUUUGUAAAAAUCCAAAUGUAGUUUAAAAGUCUAGUGUCACUACUAGUCUUAAAUUUUCUAGGAGGAGCUUCAAUCUAGUUUAUGAUUAUUUCAGGUAAGUGCUAAUAUGUAGAAGAGCUUAUCAGUGCUUUCUUUUGGUCACUUAAACUUUUAUUUUAAAAAGGCAACUAUAGAAUUUGUUUUCAUAUAAGUUUUUUUUAAUCACAGUGUAAUCAUUGAGCUUCAUGUGCUGAUUUGAUUUUAUAGGAUUUAGAGCUUUACUAAUCUCAGCAGUUUACAAACCCUACUUUAACUAAAGUAUUAAAUCUUUAACUUGUACCAGAAUUUUUUAGAAAAAAAUUACUAAGAUUUUUAGAAAGUAUCCAUUCCCUUCCCUUUCUAACUCCUUGUAGUUAAGCUAAUUUAAUCCUUAUAAGUUGUUGGUGUCUUUCCCCCUUAUCCCCAAUUCUAUUUUUUUGAUGUAGACAUAACUGGGGUAAGGUGCAUGUUUGGUAUGCCACAAUGUCAACUUUUAUUAAAUUCUAGGUCAUAUACGGUUAUAUCAUGAAAGGAAUUCAUGUACAGAGAGAUGGUGAAGCUACAAACUUCAAAUUUAACACAGGACACGGUAUUUAGGGGAAUUUGUAGUUAUGUGGUCACUAGUUAAGAUUUAUUUGUAUAGCCCUAAGGGUUAUUUAUAUAAGAAACACUGAGUUUAUGAAGGAUUGGCUCUUUGAUGCCAUAUUUAAAAUAGUGAAUUUUUUACUUAAACUUAAGGAGUGGGGGGGAUGUGGGAAAAAGGGUGAUGGUGAAGAAUAACCAUUGAAGUCCAAACCUCCUUUUCCAUUAGUAGUAGUCACUAGCAGUCUGGAAAAUGACAAAAAUAUACUAAAGUAUUUGGAUCCAUAUAUCUGUUGGGAAAGAAUAUGUAGAACUGUUCAUUUGUCUUAAUUCGUAACAUAACAGCACAAGAUUUGUCUUAAAGCGAUACAGUUGUUAUAUCUAAGGGGGAUGGUUUACCUAUGUUGUGUUUGCUCUUUACAAUGGUUCUUUUUUCUGCUAUCCCAAGUUGGCUUUGCAUCCAUCUAUCAGAAUAAAUUAUUCAGCUGCCUUACUAGGAGUGGUGUGAGGGUAACACCUUUUCUGCUUUUCAUCUUGUAUUUAGUUUACUGUAAUAAAAUAUACUUUAUUUCAGAAUGAAUGGAUGUAAAUAGCAAUUAAAUGCAAAUUUGAAUGAA